AUGGAUCCUCUCGAAGAAUCCCCUUGGGGCGAGUCGGCGCCUUCGCAAACCUCGCAACCCGAAACCUCCCAAUCGCAGGAUGAUGCACCCAAGUCCUCCGCUCCAAGCACUUCUUCAACUCGCGCCUCGCGCGCUGCUCCUCGCCGCAUGGUAGCCCAGCCAACCCGCCUCGAAGCCGUCGACGACGACCCUCUCGGUCCAUUGGGCCCCCUUGGCGGCCCUGCUACUCCCGGUACUCCCGAUCUCGGCCAGGAUGCGCCCCCCGUCCCGCCCCAGAAGGAGGAGAUGGUGAUUCGCACCACCAUGCCGCCCUCUCAGACGCGCCGCGCUGGUCCCGCCGACCCUCAUCGUGUCGACGAUGCGGAUGACGAUUACAACCGCGCAAGUGGCCCUCGCGCGCCGCCUCCUGUUCAGGCUGCCCACCCGAGCGCCGUUCGGACAACCACCAACCCCAGCGUGAGCGUCGAACAAGCGAGCAGGCCGACUUUCCACAUUUCCGUCGGCGAUCCCCACAAGGUCGGAGACUUUACAAGUUCACACGUGCAGUAUGCCGUGCGGACUCAGGCGUACAAGGAACCCGAGUUUGAGGUGAAGCGACGGUACCGCGAUUUCCUGUGGCUGUAUAACACACUGCACGGGAACAACCCCGGCAUCGUCGUGCCGCCGCCCCCAGAGAAGCAGGCCGUCGGUCGCUUCGAGACCAACUUUGUCGAGAGCCGCCGCGCCGCGUUGGAGAAGAUGCUCAACAAGAUCGCGGCGCACCCUACGCUGCAGCUCGACGGCGACCUGAAGCUGUUCCUCGAGAGCGAAUCCUUCAACGUCGACAUCAAGCACAAGGAGCGGAGGGAGCCCAUCCCGACAGAAAGCAAGGGUGUCUUGGGCAGCCUGGGCAUCAGCGUCGGCGGCGGCAGCAAGUUUUGGUUCCACGAUCGCAAGGUUUACCUCGAUGCGCUGGAGAACCAGCUCCGAGCCCUACUCAAAGCCAUGGAGACCAUGGUCGGCCAGAGGAAGAUGAUGGCCGAGGCGGCCGGCGAUUUCUCCGCCUCGCUGCACGCCCUCUCCACCGUCGAGCUCUCGCCCUCGCUCUCUGGCCCUCUCGACGCCCUCUCCGAGCUGCAGCUUACCAUUCGCGAUGUCUACGAUCGGCAGGCCCAGCAGGACGUGCUCACGUUUGGCAUAAUCCUCGAGGAGUACAUCCGACUCAUCGGAUCUGUCAAGCAGGCAUUUGCGCAGCGGCAAAAGGCCUUUUACUCAUGGCACACGGCCGAGUCGGAGAUGCAGAAGAAGAAGACGACACAGGACAAGCUCCUGAGGCAGGGCAAGAGCCAGCAGGACCGCCUCAACCAGAUGGGCGCCGAGGUCGCCGACGCCGAGCGCAAAUGCCACCAUGCGCGCAUGCUGUUCGAGGACAUGGGCCGACUGAUGCGCGCGGAACUGGACCGCUUUGAGAAGGAGAAGGUUGAGGACUUCAAGAGCGGUGUGGAGACGUUCCUGGAGAGCGCCGUCGAGGCGCAGAAGGAGUUGAUCGAAAAGUGGGAGACGUUCCUCAUGCAGCUUGACGCUGACGACGACGAGACGGUCUUUUACCGCCCACCUGUGACAGAAGGCAACAAGCCGGCCGGUGCCGACCAAGAUGGCGCCGCGGCGCACCUCGGUCAUGUCCUUCUGGGGUCCGCCGUGCGAUUCGAGUCGCUGGGCAGCUCUGCCGAUGUCGCGCAACCGGCGUAUCGUUAG